AUGUCAUUUCAUCCGUACGCUCGACCCAAUAGAAGUUCAUGGUCUCUGGGCUUGGAUGCACUUGUCGAGCGGACCAGUCGGGCACUGAAAGAUAUACAAAGUCCCGAGGCCGCGAUCCUUGGUUCUCGCGUGAGACCCUCACGCCAAUGCAGUGCGCAGCCCGAGCUUGGCGAUGAUACGGAGGCCAUACUAGUCGAUAAAUUGGACAAAUACACUGCCAGAUAUCAGUGCCCACAAUUGCAAAAGGAGCAGGCAGACUGGGAAAAUUUCUACGAUAAUCCGCAAAAUUGGCCUGCGCGGAAAAAGUGGAGGGUCGUUGCAAUCGCAACCUGGCUUUCGUUCAUUACUUCAUUGGCAUCUUCCAUUAUCACGCCGUCGCUACCAGAUAUUGCUAGUGAUCUACGAAUCGAGUCCAACGCAGUUACAAUACUGAUUGUCAGCCUCUUCCUGCUUGGCACUGGAGUGGGUGGCAUUCUAUCGGUACCUCUGAGUGAGAUGCAUGGACGCCUACCGAUUUACCAAUUCUCAAAUGUAUGCUUCACGGCGCUCACGGUGUCCUGUGGCUUCGCCCCAAACUUUCCAGUCCUGAUAGCACUUCGAUUCUUGGCCGGGUCGCUGGGUACUGCGUGCUUGGUUAUUGGAGGAUGUACGUGCGCAGACAUGUUCCUGCCUCAACAGAGAGCAACCGCAAUUUCACUGUGGGCAGGUGGGAUAUUCCUUGGCUCAUGCAUUGGACCGGUCUUUGGAGGCUUGAUUGUUGAAGCGAAGAACUGGCGGUGGAUCUUCUACAUUCUUGCCAUGGCGGCUGGCGCGAGUAUGAUCGUGUGCGCCCUCUUCAUGCCGGAAACGUCGGUCUUGGUCAUCAGGCGGCGGAGAGGAGUGCCGGUCUUCCAACGGGAGAAGGAAACGCAGUCCCCACAACAUCCCGCCAAGCACUCACUCCGCGACCUGACGUUACCGCUAAAGCUCCUUGCAUUCUCCCCGAUCGUCCUCCUCAUGACCUUCCAUGCCGCCAUUGCACACGCAAUGCUAUACUUACUCUUCACCUCGAUUCCCUUCACCUUCAGCCCGCGCUACCAAUUCUCCCCUCGCGAUACGGGCUUGCUUUACCUCGCACCCGCGUUGGGGAUGAUGCUUGGUGCAUUCGCCGCAGGCCAGCUGGGCGAUCGCACCGUCAAGCGAAUAAAGGCCCUCGGCGGUACCUAUACACCAGAAAAACGACUCGACCCCAUGAUCAUUAUAACGGGAAGUUUGUCCAUGAUCGCCGGUCUUCUCCUCUACGGAUGGAGUUUACACUACCACAUACAUUGGAUUUCAGCGCUCGCGGGACUUUUCAUGUUUGGCUUUGGUCUGGUCCUGACCGUGGCGUCCGCUCAGACAUAUGUCGUCGAGAGCCACCCAACCUACGAGGCUAACGUCAGCGCAGCCUUUUCACUCUUGAAUGCCGUUCUGUCGGGCGCUCUUCCCGUCUGGGGAGUUGAGAUCUUUUAUUCCCUUGGGAUGGGUUGGGGAAGCGUCCUUUUGGCUGGUUUAGUCGCCAUUUCUUCUUUUGCAUUCGUGGUGUGCCGAGUCAAAGGGCCUUAUUUACGUCAACGAUUCAAGAUUGAAUCACGAAGUGGUGGGUAUGGCCAUGUCUAG